AUGAAAGAAGAAAAGAACCAGGCCACCAAUUUGGCCCCGAGACCUGAAUCGCUGCCGAUCCUAAUUAUCGGGGCGGGAAUCAGCGGUCUCAUCCUCGCCCAGUAUCUUCGUCGAUCAGGGAUUGCCUAUCAGAUCUUUGAGCGCGAUGCGUCGAUCAGCGCUCGAGCCGGCGGUUGGGGCCUAACUAUGCACUGGGCACUACCUGCCCUCUACGAGCUGUUGCCCGAGGAUGUCAAGGUCCAGCUCCCGGAGAGCUUUGUGAACAAGGAGGCCGUCCAAAAUGGCGACAAGGGCCGCUAUCAGUUCUUUGACCUGGCCACGGGGGAGGCGCUGUGCAGCGUCCCUGCUGCGGAGCGCAUCCGAGUGAGUCGCUCGCGGUUCAGACAGCUUCUGACGACGGGGGUGGACGUCCAGUGGUCUAAAACCCUCGAGGAUGUCCAGUAUCACGACGAUUCAGUCACCGUUCGCUUCGGAGACGGCACCUCGUACCAUGGCGCUAUCGUAGUCGCCUGCGAUGGCUCGCACUCUCGUGUCCGCAAGUCUCUGUACCCAUCGAAUUAUCGAAAUGCACCCUUGCCCAUUCAGUUACUUGGAGCCUCAACUAGGUACUCGGUCGAGCAAGCGGCCGCCGUGCGAGCUCUAGAUCCAUACUUCUUCCAAGGAACGCACUCGGAGUCGAACGUAUAUCUCUAUUUCAGCUGUGAGCUACCCAGUCGCUAUCGUGAUCACAUGUAUUUAUCACAAUAUGAAAACAAGCGAACUCCUUCUGAUAUAAUUGAAAUCCCAGUCCUCGACAGUCCCUUCAACUUCGAUGACAGCCCGGACGGAUACCUCUGCCAGGUCAUCGUCUCCUGGUCUGAAGACAGAGGAAUCGAUAUCCCAGCCGGAGACAAAGAGCGCAUCGCCCUGAUGAAGUCCCUUACAGGAGACUGGGCCGAGCCAUUCCGAUCCCUGGUCCACGAUCUGCCCGACGAUGCCGACGUAGUCUCCAUUAAAAUCGAAGACUGGAUGCAAGAGCAGGGAACAAACGAGCAGCCGCGAGCGGUGUUGCUAGGUGAUUCCGCUCACUCAAUGACCAUGUUUCGCGGAGAAGGCGCAAACAACGCCAUUGUCGACGUGCUUGAUUUCACGAGGAGAGUUAAUCUAGCAUCGAUCAGUCAAUCAUCCACGGCUUCUAUCCGCGACAGCGUCAGGGAAUACGAAAAGGAUAUGACUUCACGAGCUGGCCAGUCGGUGGAGAACUCUCGGAAAGCCUGUCUGGACGCGCACAACUUUUCGAUUAUCAAAGCGGGGAACAGUCCUCUUGUUGCGCGGAGAGUGCUUAAAUAA